AUGGACCUUAAUACCGUCCAAGCCGUGAGCUCGCGCUCGCUUGAGCAGACCAAGAAAGAAGUGCGGAAGGCCCUGAUAGAUCAUGGCCGAGGAGAGGAGGAAGGCUACGAUACCCUGAAGGAUAUAUUUGCGAACGAUCGACAUGCAAAUUCCGAUUCAGCAGAGGACGACGAUGCCAUCAAACCGGAGGAACUAGUAGUCUAUCUUGUCGCUCUCACGACAUGUGUGCCACUCAUUGACAAGUCAUGCUCCGGUCUUGUUCAUAUCAUCACUCAGGUGAAAUGGCUUGGCCGCGAUGAUGCUUUCGUCAAAGCCUACGUCCAGUUCCUAGCGGCUCUAGUAAGCGCUCAUGGGUCAUACCUCGGUCACGUCAUAUCCAUGUUUGUCGACAAGUUUCGAGAAACUAGUUCGUCUUCGUGGACUGUGCCUGGUUUUAACACCGUUGACCGCCGAACCAUGAAGGAGAGACUUCACUCCGGUCUUGGCUAUUUACUCGACCUCUUCCCUGCCGCGCGAUCGAUCACACGAAACGUCAUCUCACGGGAUUUCCCGUACUCAGACGAGUCCGCGAAAAUCCACGUCACAUAUAUUCAGCAUUUGUUGAAAUUGCGGGAGUACGCAAAGGAUCUAGGACCAGAUAUCAUGGAGCUUAUUACGGACCGGCUUGUUAAGAUCGAUGUGAAGAUGCAGCUCGACCUAGAUGACCUAGAUGACGAAAUAAGCGCUGCGGUUGCCUUCCAGCUGAAAACCGCGGAAAUUGGUGGGCUUGACGAUGAUGCCGAUUCAGAAGAGAGCGAUGUAGAGUCGCUGGCCAGCGACGAUACGGAUUACGACGAACAGGCUGCUCAAGUCAAAUCUAUUACACAAAAUGUCCAGAAGAUGGACUCAGCUCUCGACAUCCUUUUUGAACUAUAUACCCCUGUGUUUGCCGACCCCUCAUCACCCGAAGCGAUGAGCUGCUUUGAAGAUCUUCUAGCGGAAUUUACAAACAUCAUACUACCGACAAUUCGAUCGAAACAGGUCCAGUUCUUGAUCUUUCACUUUAGCCAGCGAUCUCAAGCUCUCACUGAUAUGUUUGUGGGAACGCUCUUCAAUAUUGCCUUCCAAACCAACACACCCAUGGUUUUGCGGCAAGCAGCUGUAGCUUAUCUUGCGAGUUACGCUGCGAGAGGGGCACAUGUGACGCCCGAAAAUGUGAGGAGCAUUGUCGACGUUCUCGUACAGCAUAUUGAACUGUAUCGAGUCAGACACGAAGCCUCAUGCCGUGGUCCGUCCUUGCCACGAUUCACUCUGUAUUAUGCCCUGACACAGGCGCUGCUCUAUGUUUUCUGUUUUAGAUGGAAAGAUCUCGUUGUUGCAACGCCCGACAUUGUUGACCCUGAUGACGAGGUGUCUUACUUUGGGAAAGACCUCGAAUGGCUUAAAGGCUUGAAAGAAACCCUACGAGAGCAGAUUUGGUCCAAGUUCAAUCCUCUCAAAGUUUGCAAUCCGGCCAUCGUUGCCGAAUUUGCCAAGCUUGCCGGUCAUCUCAGGUUUAUGUAUGUGCACGACAAGCUGCAAUCCAACCGACGAGUACACCUGUCGCAGUUUGUGGCUGGUGCCUAUGGGACUGGUGAUGCGCUCCGAGAUACUGGCUACGACCCCCAUGACGAGAGUUGGCUGCAGCUGGACCCCUACUUUCCAUUCGACCCAUACCAGCUGCCGCAUAGCAAGCGAUGGCUCGACGACGACUAUAAUCCGUGGAAGCCAAUACCAGGCCUGAAUGGCCAAGACGAAGAUGAGGAUAGCGACGAUGAGGCCGAUGUUGAUGAUGGAGAGCUAGAGGAAGAAGAUACAGCAACAGAUGAUGAGAAAUUGGACGACUGA